AUGGCCGGACACAAGGUUGCACAUGCCACAUUGAAAGGCCCGAGUGUUGUAAAGGAACUGAUUAUCGGUUUGACACUCGGUUUAGCUGCUGGUGGUCUAUGGAAGAUGCACCAUUGGAAUGAACAGAGGAAAACCAGAGCUUUCUACGAUUUGCUUGAGAGAGGUGAGAUCAGUGUCGUCGCCGCUGAAGAGUGA